AUGAGAAGAUCAACCACUGUGCCUGACAAGAUGAGGAAGCGGUUCACCUUUCAUUUGGGCUCUCAUAAACCCUCAUUUGCUUUCCCCCCUGAAGACCGAAGCCGGUACUACGACUUUGUCGAUACUCCUGUCAAUUGGAGACCCUCUUCGCCGUUGAUUGAGCGACAAAAGCUUACCCCCGUCGAGGAAGUCCAGCUCCGCUAUGCUUGCAAGUUGUUAUGCGAGAUGAUUGAGAGAGGAGAGAUAUCCCCGGGAUCACCUCCACCCAACCAGUCCAACCAGGACAGGAAAACCGUUCCAGAACAGGUCGACCAGGAACCAAGCCCCCUGGUCUCUUCGGAGCCGGCCAAAGCCCACAGUCAGCCAAUCUCGGAAGAAACCAAUGACGAUGGGGUUGUGGAAAAAAGGUUAUACGACUCUGGAAUAGUACUUGAAGACGCAGAAUCUCCUGAUUCUCCCAAAGUCGCCAGACCGGCCACAGAAACCGACGGCAGUAAACCCGCUGCCCCCGAGGACGUUUCCGAAGACAUUCCUCAGAGCUCUACGGAGGUGGGGAUUGCGCAGUUCUAUCCAGGCGAGUCGGAUGAUCGUGUUGCAUCUGUCCCAAAACCUCCUUUCGCUUCGGAUAGUGAUCAAAGCAUCGUCGGCUAUGAUACUCCAAACCCGGCUAAUGGUACGAACGUGACCGGGUCUUGUGCCAUUCCCGCGAUUGGAAAAUAUGAACCGACUGAUCACUGGUAUAACCGUGACGGAAAAGAUGAAGCGGAUGAUGUAUAUUUCACGAAAGGCAUGAUUGUUGGUUCAGAUUCAGAAACUCCUGGCAUGGAUUCACCAGACAGCGUCCAGUCAACAACCGCCGCUGGCAUGGACGCUUUGACGCCGCAAUGCGCCAAUCCAGUGACGGAUUCACCUGCAGAUUCUCCGCCAAUGAGAACUCCAAGCUUUUCUCGCCCUUGCGCUGUCAGUCGAGCCGCCUCGAGACGAGCUCCACGCAGUCGAGACCGUGACGUCCCGCCGCCUCUACCUCAUCAGAACCAGGAGGUCUCUGAACGACCGCAAGCCCACGAGCGCCGUUCGCAGCAAUCUUUGGAGACUCGAGAGGCGGUCGUCGCUGGAGGAGAUGAGUCUGGAGUGGAAGUCCGUGGACAGCAGUCAAGUCACAAUAGCGGUGGUAGUGGUGGAGUUGCCGUCAUCAUUGGCCCAGAUGGCAUGGAACACGUCAUGACGCCCUCUGAAGAGAAGCAGCGCUAUCUAGAUCUGCAGCGUGCCGUUAUGGAGAAGAUGGUUACUGGCACCAUUGGGGCCGCCCCAGAGAUCUCGAUCAGUUCUGGUUCAGUUGACGGAUCUUCCUCUACCGAGCAUACACAUUCGAAAUUGUCGCCCUUACCAAAGUCUCAUGUGCGAGGCCAUUCAGGAGACGGGUACUUGACAUCUCGCCUAAGGAAUGAGAAUAUUGGUGGCGAGAAUCAGAAUCGUCCAGCCGUUUUGAACAGCAGGCAUGAAAAGAAACCCAGCCUUAUUCGGAAGCUAUCUAUGCUCGGACUGGGCAAGAGGAAGUCCAGCGACACCACCAAGAAUGCGAAUAUUAUGGGUUUCAGUCGCAUUGUGGAAGCGUCGUGA